UCGAGCCGUUGCUGCUUGUCAUUUUCUGCAACAAGAUGGCGGUCGUUCCAGAGAACAGAGUCCUCUCCUUCAGUGUUUUUAAAUGGAGCUCUUAUUCCUCCACAUAUUUACCAGAAAACAUCUUGAUGGACAAACCCAAUGACCAGUCCUCCAGGUGGUCGUCUGAGAGCAACUACCCUCCACAGUACUUAAUGUUGAAAUUGGAAAGGCCAGCGAUCGUUCAGAGCAUCACCUUUGGGAAGUAUGAGAAGACUCACGUGUGUAACCUGAAGAAGUUCAAAGUGUUUGGUGGGAUGAGUGAAGAGAACAUGACAGAACUCCUGUCCAGUGGCCUGAAGAAUGACUACAACAAGGAGACCUUCACCUUGAAGCACAAGAUCGACGAACAGAUGUUUCCCUGCAGAUUUGUUAAAAUAGUGCCUCUGAUGUCUUGGGGGCCCAGUUUUAACUUCAGUAUCUGGUACAUUGAGCUGCAUGGCAUAGAGGAACCUGACGUAGUGCAGCCCUGCCUUAACUGGUACAGCAAGUACCGGGAACAGGAAGCGAUCCGCCUGUGCCUGAAGCACUUCCGGCAGCAUAACUACACAGAAGCCUUUGAGUCGCUGCAGAAGAAGACACGCAUCGCGUUGGAACACCAAAUGCUGACACACCUCCACGACCGCCUGGUACUCCGGGGAGACUUUGAUGCCUGUGAGGAGCUCAUCGACAAAGCUGUCAAAGACGGUUUAUUUAACCAGUACAUCAGCCAGCAAGAGUACAAGCCAAGAUGGAGUCAGAUCAUCCCCAAGAGUAACAAAGGUAAUGAGGAUGACAACAGACCAGGAAUGAGGGGAGGUCAUCAGAUGGUCAUCGACGUUCAGACAGAGACGGUGUAUCUUUUUGGGGGCUGGGACGGCACACAGGACCUGGCUGACUUCUGGGCCUACAGUGUUCAGGAGAACCAGUGGGUCUGCAUCUCCAGAGACACCGAGAAGGAGAGUGGUCCCAGUGCGCGGUCCUGUCACAAGAUGUGCAUCGACAGCCAGCGGCGGCAGAUCUACACACUCGGCCGCUACCUAGACUCCAGCGUCAGAAACAGCAAGUCUCUGAAGAGUGACUUCUACCGCUACGAUGUCGACGCCAACACCUGGACACUGCUCAGCGAGGACACGUCAGCCGACGGCGGGCCCAAGCUCGUCUUUGACCACCAGAUGUGUAUGGACUCGGAGAAGCACAUGAUCUAUACGUUUGGUGGUCGGAUUCUGAUGUGUAACGGCAGUGUGGAGGACAGCAGGACGUCCGAGCCCCAGUUCAGUGGGCUGUAUGCCUUCCACUGCCAGGCCGGAACCUGGAGCCUGCUCAGAGAAGACUCCUGCAACGCUGGGCCUGAGGAUGUCCAGUCACGCAUCGGACACUGCAUGCUCUUCCACACUAGGAAUCGUUGUCUGUAUGUGUUCGGRGGUCAGAGGUCAAAGACGUACCUGAAUGACUUCUUCAGCUACGACGUGGACGGGGACCAUGUGGAGAUCAUCUCAGACGGAACCAAGAAGGACUCCGGCAUGGUGCCGAUGACGGGCUUCACCCAGAGGGCCACCAUAGACCCAGAGCUGAAUGAGAUCCACGUCCUGUCUGGCCUCAGCAAGGACAAGGACAAACGAGAGGAGAACGUCCGUAACUCCUUCUGGAUCUACGACAUCGCACGCAACAACUGGUCGUGUGUGUAUAAGAAUGACCAGGCGGUGAAGGAGAACCCCAGUAAGGCUCUGCAGGAGGAGGAGCCCUGUCCACGCUUCGCACACCAGCUGGUCUAUGACGAAAUGCACAAGGUGCACUACCUGUUUGGAGGAAACCCAGGGAAGUCGUGCUCUCCUAAGAUGCGUCUGGAUGACUUCUGGUCCCUCAAGCUGUGUCGCCCCUCCAAGGAGUACCUGCUCCGACACUGCAGAUACCUAAUCAGGAAGUACAGGUUUGAGGAAAAGGCCCAGUCAGAGCCUCUGAAUGCUCUGAAGUACCUGCAGAACGACCUCUCUCUGACUGUGGACCACACCAACCCUGACGAGACCAAAGAGUUCCAGCUCCUGCCCUCGGCUCUCUUCAAGUCCAGCUCUGACUUCAUCCCUCUAGGUUUCUCAGACGUGGACCAGACAUAUGCCCAGCGCACGCAGCUCUUCGACAUGCUCGUCAACUUCUUCCCGGACAGCAUGACCCCGCCCAAGGGUAACCUCGUUGACCUCAUCACACUCUAGCCCCGCUCCACAACCCUAUGCACCACCACCAUACGCCAAUAAGACUCUGAUUGGCCGGCCCAAAGCCAAACUUCAUAUUUUUCUACACUUGACCCUUCCAAAUUCAGUGGUGCUCUGCUCGUGGACUGCACUUGUUGACCCCCUCUUUAGGACGUUGGUUCUUCAACAACUAAAACGGAAAAUGAGGGUCAGGCCACUUGUGAUUUAAAGGGGUUGAUACUGAAUAUCACUGUGUGAAAAAGAAAAAAAACACCCCCCCCCAGACCUGAUAGUGUUUGUUUAAUAAACUGAUUUAACAGGGCAAAAAUUACCCAGAACUGCCAAACAUAUCAUCUGUGUUAACUGAUUUGAUUUGUGAGGUUUACAUUAGACUUUUACAUGCUGCGUUUCAGUUUACUUGGCAUUAGUAGCCUGUUAGGUCAAGGAGGAGUCUCUUAUUUUCCACUCGGUCUUGCAUCCGUCUCUCUCUGACACACUCACUCACACAAACCUGCUUGUGACAGUAGUUGUUACUUAAUGACACCCUGUCAGUGCGUUGUACGUUGAAUAUACUUUCAACCAAGUUCAUGCUUUUGUUUGCUUGCUCUGCCUGUAUUAUUGGUGGCCAUAUUAUAUACCCCAUAUUUAUAAUUAUGUCUGCCGUGCUGUUUCACACUGUGUCAAAAUUGUUAAUUGUGUUAUAUAGAAACAAUAGAAUAAUGAUCCUAAGAGACUAUUUAUAUGUCAAAUGAAGUUAAGUCAAUUAAAUCCUCUAUCGAUGUAAAAUUCAGUCAUUAUGGGUUUGGGGGGAAAACGUUGUCAAGUUGUCAAAAGCCUGGGAUUCUGGUAAUGGCUACUGUAGCUUUAGUGUGAUGCAACCAUGGAUCUGUCACUGAGGCAUGGUGGGAAAUGUAGUCCAAGUAUGAAUGUUUUUUUUUUUUUUUGCUCACUCCCCAUCUUGUAAGAGAACUGCAACAUGAUUGUUCUGCUGUAUCAGGGAGUUUUAAUGUACAAACACACAUUUGUACGCAUAUGAUCUCAUUGGCUGGGAUGUAUCUUCCUUUGACGAUGGGAGUUAUUUUAUGGGUAAAGGAAGAAUGAAUGAUUGCUUUCAUUGAGGGAGAGCCCAGUCUCCCCCUUCAGCGAUGGCCUGAUUACUGGGKUCUCUGUUUCUCAUGCAAACAGUGAUGACAGGACAUUCUUCAUUUCUGACCUAAAGAAAUACAGAACACUAGAUUUCAUUCUUACUCAGAAUAAGGCGAUAGGAGCAUUCACAAGUGAUCUCUAAACACCAAGUUAUCAAAUGGUAUCUGUCUUGUGGCUCCAGCCAAAGUUUUGAUGUACAGGAAAUGUUUUUGAUUGGUUCAUAAUCAUUAUGCUGGAACUGAGGAUGCCCUUUGAUAUAGCUUGUGUGUGUUUGUCUCGGAUCGCCAGGGUAUUUUGUCUAGUUCACCUGUGUAACAUAAUACAAACAUUUGCCUCAUAUUGUUCUUCCAUUAAUCUCAGUAGCAGAGAUGAUUGAAGUGAUCCCCUUUCCCCUCCUUCUCAAGAAUAGUAGCAGCCUAGUCUUCCAUUACAUAUUGUGUAUGUAUUGUCUAUAUAUUUAGCAUUUUUCUGAGACAGCUGUAYAGUAUGCAGAGUACACUYUAGGCAAAAKCCUAUGGAGUCUGUGAAAUAUCCAUCCCCUUUGUUUUGAGAUMAAUCAACUCCACUAUCAGAUAACCAGAGAUGGAGGGACUAUUCACAUUCAAGGAGACACACACUURGUGCUUGACUCCUGUCAAGGGUGGUAGAGACAAACAUUAGACAUGCUUUUUCUUGUUAGAUCCUUAAUAAAUCCUUGAUCAAAAUCCUAAUCAAAUUGGCAGAUUGUACACUAUGUCCCAAUAGAUUCAUUACAUCUGGUUCCUUCAUACAAGCAUAUACAUGAAGACAUCUGAUCUUAUUGUUAGAAGAUGAGUGAUCAGAUCAGAUUUCUCUGUUCGUUUGCACGCAUGUCCUCAGUAAUCAGUAUUAGCUUAAUUUGAAUCACAAUCAUUGCUGUUUGCUGCUUGUGUGCAGGGUGCACACCCCUGUAUGCUUACAGUAUGUGAGCUUGAAACUUGUGUGUGUGCUUGUUUGUGUCUGUUUGCUAAUGGAUGUCUUCUGCUGCCACCAUAUUAAGCUUAGUAAAUAUYAGCUCUCUGACCUGAGAUCCAGAGAGAAAGGAGUGUCAUACUUACCAUUGUAGAUUUGUAAUAAAACCCGUUAUUUAGGAAGUACUCAUUAUUUAUGGUCAUUAUCACAGAAUAGAAGACUUUUGCGAUGAUUGCAUUCGUUUCUUUUUUUGUGUCAGAAAUAAAAGAUAUGCUUAAGAAAACAUGAAAGAAGCACCUUUGCAGAAAAUAUAUAUAUCACAAUGCCAAAUACUUUUUAUUUUUGGGAGGGGAAGGAAAUUAUAAUUUUCAGAUAAAUGGAAUGUUAUUUUCUUCAUCUGCCCCCUCUUCUCCCCAACUGGGACUGAGGAGUAUGUGGAGGUACUCUAGGGUGCGUGAAUGAGCACUACUCUGUGGAUAACGUGAAUGUGUAGGAGAGCCUAUUGUAGAAUUGAAUUGUAUGUAAUGUACAUAACGAAUAAAGAUUGUAUUUUGUUCAGGUUUUCAUAAAUAA